AACUUGGCAGAAUAUAAGAUCUAACUUAUUGGCAGGAGAUGGAUGUUUCAUUAAGAAUUUGGGGGAUUAGGAUUUAUGUGGGUAACAAUUAAAUGGAGCAGUGUUUAGAUCUCAAAAUCCUAUUGUCCUUGGUACUAGUUUUCAACAUCUAAAAGCAGACAGUCUUGGAAACGAAACAUUUCUCCUUGCCAUUGAAUCAUGCUUUUAUUAAAAUUAUCUGAAAAAUAAAUACCAAUGAGAUAGUAAUUAAAAUUUACUUCACUUUUUUCUACUGUUGUACCUAUGACAUGAAAAUUAUAACUAGAUGGUUGUUAUAUAAAUGUUAGCAAAGUUUCAUCCUAGAAAAAUAUUACAUGAUUUUUAAAAAACUUUUACAAUUGUCUAAUUUCUCAUAUCUGGGAAAUAUUAACCAAUUCCUCAAAACAUGGUUGAUUUUUACAUUUAAAAAUCAAGGCUGACUUUUCUCAUGUUUUACCUGAGAAAUAAGUAGCUUAUUUCUGGGACCUUGUUGAGGCCUGAUAACCUAAGCAAGAUCAUGUGUAACUCUGAAGAAGAAAUGAGAAGCGGGUGAGUGAGUGAGAAGAAACCCUACAUUAAAAUGAGCGGACAAUGUCUUUAUCCAGUUUCACAUUAGAAAAGGCAACCAAAGUUUUCAUUUUCCUGUUCAUAAUUUCACUUAUUGUUUUUAUCUUACUGAACUAUUCAACAGGUAUGGGUCAGGGGAAUUUUUGGCAAUAAUUUUUAUAAAAUGUUUGCUUCUCUUGUAUAUUUUUCAAAAAAGUUGGACAGUCUGAAGAAGCUUUUCUCUAGGUUAUUAUUAAGCUCUUGUAUUUUGUCAAUUAGAUAUCAACUAAAAGGACAUUCUUUUAAAAAUCUAAAUUGUUAAAGAGACAAAGAUAAUUACCAUGAAAAUAUAUUUUGCUGGAAUUAGCCUGGAUGGGAAGGGAAGACUUUUUUUCACUACAGGAAAAAUUGGGGUAGAUUUUUAUUACUAUAAGAAAAGUAAUAUUUUUCUGCUUCCGAAGUUAUCUAUAGGAACUAUAGCUUUUAUUAUCAGAUGCCAAUAAUGUUGCUUCACUUACAAACUUUAAAACAGCACUGGAAUGAAUAAGAGCCUUGUAUUUUAUGAGACAGAAGUAAUGCUAUUUGCUCUCUUGGUUCUUUGAUCCCCCAAAUUCCUUUGCACCAGUCCAACCCUACCUCAGCCUGUGGGCUCAUCUGCUCCUUACCCAGUGGACCAGCUCUCUCAUACUGUCUGGCUUUACUCUCAGAUAAAGUCAUUCUCCUAAACACUAAGUUGUUCAGUUCCAUAUUAAUUCUAUCAAGAAUAUUUGCAUUGUCCAAGAUCUGUUUCCAAAUGGAAAUUAAACAAUGUAGGAGAAUUAAAUGAUAAUAGGAGAAUCUCAUGCAUCAGAAGGACAGACUGCAUAAAUACAGGCUCCUUCUCAAAACUUCUCAAACAGCUGGAGGUGUCUACUGUCUUGCUCAGGUGAAAGGCACAUCCCUACCAAAAAAUGAGGGCAGUUUGUGAAGCAUUAGAAUAUUGAAGUUGAUUCAGAGAGACUGUGUUUAUUUUUUAACUCUCAGCUCCUCCAAGGUCAUUGGUGUUCUGGGCAGCAAUCACAUACCCACACACUUAGAGCCCAUACGUCAGAUAACUAAGAGGUGGAACUGUAAAGCCUUUUCUAUUACUCAUCCCCAAAGCUGAUAUGGAACCUGUAGCAUUCUCAAAAACCCCUGGUGUGCCGGAUGCUAUUGUGAAACUAAGCAUCAUAUUUAAUAUCGUAAUCAUUUAUGCCAAUUAUAUGAACAUUUUGGUCCCCUUUGUGCUAUGAGAUAGAUCAAGCUUUAGCGGUCUGGAAAUUUGGUAGAUAUGUUGAUGUUUGCUGAGUUCAACCACCGAUCACUUUUUACCAGUUUGAAGAGGGUUAAAUUCACUCUGGGGCACUGCAAGCCUCUCUAAUCUUAUCCUGGAAAAGUGGAACUCUGUCUUGGUUUACAGUGGAGGUCACCCUCGGGGGAGGGUUUGGACAGGGACUGAUGGAAUUAUGCCGCGUUAUUAAGAUGAAACACCCUCAGUGGUGAGACGCAAUGACGACAUUUGAGUCCUUUGACUCCUCGAGGACAGUAUCUUGAAGUAUAUGCUUCUCCAAGAUGUGCUGGACUUGUAAAACUUUCAAGGGGUUCUAUCUAUUUGGCUGUCAUCUUUAUUUAAUUUGAGAAAAAGAUGUUUGAAGGGAGUUAGCAGUUAAGAAACAUUUCUAAGGAGUAGAAAAUGGGCUAGAAAAUUGAUUUUUGUUGUCAAAGUCAUGCAUUAUAAUUCACUUUCCAAGGUGAUGCAGCUGCCAAAAGCUUUGAAAGUGAUCUGCCUGUUUUCUUCUCACAUGACUUGCAGGGAAGGGCUGGUACUUUUGAAAGAAUUAAAUCCUUAUGGAAGUUUUGUUUCUAAUGAUAUCCAUCCAUGUUUCUAAAAGAAGCUGACAUGGAAAAUUAUAUUGCCAAUUGAUUGUGUGCAAUUUCUUGAAUUUCCCAGUUGUAGCCAUAUAUUUACUAUUUUUUUUUCCUUUAAACGGAGCCCUCUAUUUCCUUUUUUAAAUGAUCACACUUAAAGUUUCACCCACGAUAAUCGUAUCUCCCACGGUGUGUGUGCCUACUCAUGUGUAUUAUGCUUUUCAGGAGCAGCUUGUGACUGUGGCUAUUUAAUCAGGGCUAUAUUUAAAAACAAAUUUUCAAGGGAGCGUUUCUCACAUUAAUAGUGAGAUAAGGUCUGAGUGAAGCAAGCUCUGUCGCAAAGGCCAAGUGUCAUGCAGCAGGAAAUGCCGGCCAUCCCGCCCAGCCUUGCCUCAGCAAGCAUGCCACCUCUCUGACAGCACCUACCACCACACAGAAGAAAUGCCCUCCCUCAGCCACAAGUGCCUUCCACUCCUCCAGGGGCUCUGAGCCCCAGGGUCCUGCACCAGCUCUGACUUCUCACUGUGUCAGUGAAUCUUGGCCCCCUCUUUACAAAUGGCUUUUGUUUGGGAUUCUCUGGGAUUCACAGCACCAGGAUUGCCUCCAAGAGCCAAAACAAGAUUGCGAUUCUCAAAGUCCUACAGUUUCGAUGUGGACAAUGGCGCAUCUGCGGGACGGAGUCCCUUGGAUCCUAUGACCAGCCCAGGAUCUGGGCUAAUUCUUCAAGCAAAUUUUGUCCACAGUCAACGCCGGGAGUCCUUCCUAUAUCGAUCAGACAGCGACUAUGACCUCUCUCCAAAGUCUAUGUCCCGGAACUCCUCCAUUGCCAGUGAUAUACAUGGAGAUGACUUGAUUGUGACUCCAUUUGCUCAGGUCCUGGCCAGCCUGCGAACUGUACGAAAUAACUUUGCUGCAUUGACUAAUUUGCAAGAUCGAGCACCAAGCAAAAGAUCACCCAUGUGCAACCAACCAUCCAUCAACAAAGCCACCAUAACAGAGGAGGCCUACCAGAAACUGGCCAGCGAGACCCUGGAGGAGCUGGACUGGUGUCUGGACCAGCUAGAGACCUUGCAGACCAGGCACUCCGUCAGUGAGAUGGCCUCGAACAAGUUUAAAAGGAUGCUUAAUCGGGAGCUCACUCAUCUCUCUGAAAUGAGUCGGUCUGGAAAUCAAGUAUCAGAGUAUAUUUCAAAUACAUUCUUAGAUAAGCAACAUGAAGUGGAAAUUCCUUCUCCAACUCAGAAGGAAAAAGAGAAAAAGAAAAGACCAAUGUCUCAGAUCAGUGGAGUCAAGAAGUUGAUGCAUAGCUCUAGUCUGACUAAUUCAAGUAUCCCAAGGUUUGGGGUUAAAACAGAACAAGAAGAUGUCCUGGCCAAGGAACUAGAAGAUGUGAACAAAUGGGGUCUUCAUGUUUUCAGAAUAGCAGAGCUAUCUGGUAACCGGCCUCUGACUGUUAUCAUGCACACCAUUUUUCAGGAGCGGGAUUUAUUAAAAACUUUUAAAAUUCCAGUAGACACUUUAAUUACAUAUCUUAUGACUCUGGAAGACCAUUACCAUGCUGAUGUGGCGUAUCACAACAACAUCCACGCUGCUGACGUUGUUCAGUCUACUCAUGUGCUAUUGUCCACACCUGCUUUGGAGGCUGUGUUUACAGAUUUGGAGAUUCUUGCAGCAAUUUUUGCCAGUGCAAUACACGAUGUAGAUCAUCCUGGUGUGUCAAAUCAAUUUCUGAUCAAUACAAACUCUGAACUUGCCUUGAUGUACAAUGACUCCUCUGUCUUAGAGAACCAUCACUUGGCUGUGGGCUUUAAAUUGCUUCAGGAAGAAAACUGUGAUAUUUUCCAGAAUUUGACCAAAAAGCAAAGACAGUCUUUAAGGAAAAUGGUCAUUGACAUUGUACUUGCAACAGAUAUGUCGAAACACAUGAAUCUACUAGCUGAUUUGAAAACUAUGGUCGAAACCAAGAAAGUGACAAGUUCUGGGGUUCUCCUUCUUGAUAACUAUUCUGAUAGGAUCCAGGUCCUGCAGAAUAUGGUGCAUUGUGCAGAUCUGAGCAACCCAACAAAGCCUCUCCAGCUGUACCGCCAGUGGACAGACCGGAUCAUGGAGGAGUUCUUCCGCCAGGGUGACCGGGAGAGGGAGCGUGGCAUGGAGAUAAGUCCCAUGUGUGACAAGCACAAUGCAUCCGUGGAAAAAUCACAGGUGGGCUUCAUAGACUAUAUUGUUCAUCCUCUCUGGGAGACAUGGGCAGACCUUGUACAUCCUGACGCCCAAGACAUUUUGGACACUUUGGAGGACAAUCGUGAAUGGUACCAGAGCACAAUCCCUCAGAGCCCCUCUCCUGCACCUGAUGAGCAAGAGGAGGGCCAGCAGGGCCAGACUGAGAAAUUCCAGUUUGAACUAACUUUAGAGGAAGAUGGUGAGUCAGAUACCGAAAAGGACAGUGGGAGUCAGGUGGAGGAAGACACAAGCUGCAGUGACUCUAAAACUCUGUGUACUCAAGACUCCGAGUCCACUGAAAUUCCGCUUGAUGAACAAGUGGAAGAGGAGGCAGUGGGGGAAGAGGAAAGUCAGCCUGAAGUUUGUGUCAUAGACGACUGUUCUCCUGACACGUAACAUUGCAGACUCACUUUUUUUUUUAAAGUAGAAAAAUUGUUUCCAAAGUGCAUGUCACAUGCCACAACCAUGGUCACACCUCACUAUCAUCUGCCAGGACGUUUGUUGAACAAAACUGACCUUGACUACUCAGUCUGGCGCUCAGGAAUACCGUCUCCAGUUUCUUCACCUCCAUGUCAUCAGAGUAAGAGGGACAUCUUCAUGAACAGCAUUUUAACAUUAUUUCAGCUUGGUCAAGCUGACAAAGCAGAUAAAAUCCACUCCAAAAUAUUUCCAAGGGAGCGUGGCUCAUCAGGCAGCCCAAAAGUGUUUUGGAUUCAGAGUUACUUGCUUGCAAUAUUUUCUGGAGAAAGACGGCGUUACAUGGAAGACGUGAACUUAGUGGAUAAAGCAGCAAACAUGUCAGGAACGGAAUGCAGCAUGAAUCUGUUCCCAGAAGAGACAGGAGCCACAGAAAUUGCAUAAUUUUCUAAUUUCCAGUCUUCCUGAUACAUGACUGAAUAGUGUAGUUCAGUGAGCUGCACUCACCUCUACAUUUUGUAUGAUAUGUACAAGAUUUUUUGUAGAGCUUACUUUUAUUAAAUGUAUUGAGGUAUUAUAUUUAAAAAAAACUAUGUUCAGAAUUUCAUCUGCCACUGGUUAUUUUUUUCUAAGAAAUAACUUGCAAGUUUUCAGUACAAAUCUGUGCUACACUGGAUAAAUCUAAUUUACGAAUUUUACUUGCACCUUAUAGUUCAUAGCAAUUAACUGAUUUGUAGUGGUUCAUUGUUUUAUAUACCAAUAACUUCCAUAUUUUAAAACAGAAUAACAACUUUAUGUUGCUGGAAAGCCUUUUUAUAAGUCUUUAUUUACUUUGCUUUUUUAUUUCACCCUUUUCCAAUAAGCAGAAUUGCUCUCCACCGACAUUUUUCUUCAUGGUGUGCAAAGUGAAUAUUUGUUCUGUAAUACCUUAAUGUGCGUUAUGUCCAGUGUCUUAAGCCUCACAGAAAUAUCAGUGGGUGUUACCCGAAGCAAAUGGAAGAUUAUAUAAAUACCCUGUAGUUAAAACAGUCAGUCUUUUUUAGAUAUUUUCCUACUUAGUGUCUUCUGAUGACUUUUUACUGUCUAUUGCAUUUCACAAGUGCAUGUCCUUGUAGUAACACACACAUUUCAUGUUCAUUUUUGUUUUUUACAGUCAGAAUAUGAAAAAUGUUUUUCUCUUGUGCUACUUUAAUGUGUGCUUGAAUCUCUGUUCAUGUUUGCUAGACAAGGUCUUACCAGAUACAUCUAUCUCUGCCAUUCUAAUUGAUGAAAAGGAGUGGUAAUAAAAUUAGGGGCAGGAUUUGUUUCUACCCGAGGUUGACCAUCAUCACUGGGGUUUACUGUGGGGUUACAAACAAACGUUAACAAAAGUUAACAGCUAACCAGGUAACGUUUAAGAAUAUCAAACACCAGUAUGAUUUCCUUCUAUUAUUUCACCAUGGAUGGGAGGCUGUAUGGAGAAUAUCCCCAACACAAACUUUUAAGUUAGCAGCUACUCUUUCUUAGCAGAGAGACGUGCAGCUUGUAGGAACUGCUUUCUCACUGACUGACCCGCAGCAUGUGUUGGAGGAGGGAACUAUUUCUUCUAGCGCACAGGGUGGAGCAGUUGAUGUGCCCACCAGCAUCAGUUGGUUGGUAACGUCUACAAUACUGGAUUAGUAAAAGUACUCUGCCUAAAUAAAAAAUUAGCAAUCAGUAAAAACUCCCCAUCGGUUUUAGCAUUAAAAACUGUAUUGCAGUUUUAGAGAUAAGUUACCAGUGUCUAUCUGCUGUUGGCAGUUGAUACCAUGGGCUGUUUAACGUGGACUUUAUUAAUAACUGACGUGGAAAUAAAGAGUUUACCUCCUGUGUGAAUAAUUUGGAACCUACAUAAUCCUUUUUUGCAUUAAUAGCUAAUAAGUGAGUUAGGACAGAAGGGAUAUCCACCUAUGUUGAAGGUAAAUAAAACAUUUAAGAAAAAUUGCAACCCUGAAGAAAUUUGUAAUUUGAAUUUCUCAAGAGCAUUUUGGGGCCAGAUAACUAAGUCAUCAGUCAAGGAAAUGACUGAAGCUGAACAUAAUUCUAUUUUAAGAUCCAGCUGAUGCUUAGCAUCUUUGAUAGAAAAAUUCUGAUUUUUUUCUUUUACAUAGAGCAGAAUGGGAAUUAGCCAAUUACUGAGUUGGAUUGCUGCCCCCUUUUUCCCCUGUAGAAACCCAAAAGGGUAAAGUAGAAACCUGUGUUUGACCAAAUGAUUUCCCGAGAACAUUUGGGAAUUUGUUUUAAUUGUAUCUGUUCCUGAGGGAAGUCUAGAAGAAAAAAAAACAAAGGGUUGAGGGUUUCUCUUUCCAAAUUAUUCUCAUUCCUUCCCAUGCCUACACAUGGUAUUUCCCCCACAGAGUGCCUGGAACUCUCAUCAGCAGCAAUAUGUCAUAAACAGAUCUUGAUAUGAAAGGGUUUGUAACUGCACUAAAAGAGACUUUCCAAUUUGUUGGUUUUUAAUGGUACCAGGUUGUAAAGAUACUUGCCGAUGGACAAUCAAAUUGCAGAAAAGACAUAAUAUCCAAGAAUUAGGGACUGAUGCACUUGGCAAUCUCUUUACCCUCUCCCUUCUCUCUUGCCCCCCUUUCUCCCUCCCCCACGUUCUCUCACCAAAAUGUGCUUCAGAAAUGCACACUGCUUUAAAAAGAUUAUCCUUACACAAGUGGCUUUGCAUUUCCUAAAAUGCCAUAAGAAAAUGCAAUAUUGAGUACUGCAUGGGGAAGAAAUGUUUAAGUUUGUAUAAUACUAGUACAUUUCAGCUUGCAAGUUACUGAACACAAUAAUGCUGUUUUAGUUUUCUUUUGCAUCAGUUAAAAUUCACAAGAAGAUAAUGUAGAUAGAACAAAUUGCAACAAGCAAAGAAAAAAACUUGAAUGAAAUGGAUUUUACAGAAAGCUUUAUAAUUUUUGAAUGCAUUAUUUAUUUUUUGUGCCAUGCAUUUUUUCUCACCAAAUGACCUUACCUGUAAUAACAGUCUUGUUUGUCUGUUUACAACCAUGUAUUUAUUGCAAUGUACAUACUGUAAUGUUAAUUGUAAAUUAUCAGUUCUUAUUAAAACAUCGUCUCAUGAUGGGAUGGUGUUGACAUAUUUGGAAACUCUUGGUGAGAGAAUGAAUGGUGUGUAUACAUACUCCUUGUACAUUUUUCUUUUCUCCUGUAAUAUAGUCUCGUCACCUUAGAGCUUGUUUAUGAAAAGAGUCGAGAAAACUAUAAAAUACAUAAAGAUAUAUAAAUUUAAAUAACAUAGCUGCAGGUCUUUGGUCCCAGGGCUGUGCCUUAACUUAAACCAAUAUUUUCUUUUUUGCUGCAUUUCAAAAUAAAGAUAGAGCUAGGGCUGGGCAGUAUAUAUCCAAGCUCUCAAUUAAAUUUCUGGCAAUAGUUGGAUUUGACAAAACCACAGACAAUCUCUGCGAGAUUCUCUAGCCCUUCUGAGAUACAAACUCAUAACGUACUCCUUGCCACUGAGCAGCACAGGAUGUGUGAGGAUUUAUUAGCCAGCUGUGGGUCAGGAGCCACUUCCGGCAACCUUAGAUUGUUUCUACUUUCAGAUAUUACUGGGGAAAUAUAUUCUUGUCCAGUGAGUAUAGAAAGUCUUUUUUUUUUUUUUUUUUUUUCUCUUUUAUAGGAAAAUGAACUUGUAGGUGAAAAACUUGUUUUGAAAUUGGUGCCUAUAGGUCACAUCUUGAUUAGUCAUCCUGUUAGGUUAGGUAAUAUACUGUAGAAAAGGUCGUUAUUUGAACCCUAGAAUUUGGACUGAAAUCAAAUUUCUUUUAAAUACCAUGUUGUGUAGGAUGCCAUUUCACAGAGCAUAAAGGAUUCAUUACUCUCCAGUUUGUGCAAAGUUUGUAUCUAUUUAGAAUUUUUAACUUUGCACAGUGGCUCCUGGAAGUUAUAAUUCCUGGUGGACAGUAUGGAAAUCUGUUGCUGCUGGCUGCCCAGCCCUUUGAACAUGUGACUUACCGGUGAAAGGAGAUUGUUUUUCUAGGAAAAAUGAACCUCCUUUAUUUUGUUUUAUUUUUUGACACAAACUGUAGAUUUUAGCAGCCCUGGCCCAAAGGUAUUUGAUUACUUUUGUUUUAAAUAGUACAAAGGGGACACUAUAACUACAAAAUACAUCCUUACUGAUUUUAGUUGUUUUUAAAUUUUCUUUGGAUAUGUUUCAGAGCAGUAAAUUGUGUGUGAGCAUUACAAAUGUUUCUUUUAGUGGUUUCUUAGCCUCUCUUACAGCCCAUGGGGAUAGUACUGUACAUCAAUCAAUACCUUCAUAUGAAAUUUUUAUAUGCAAUGAAAAUAAAAGCAUGGGUUGAUUCUGCCUA